UAGCAUCUACCCUUCUUGGUGCAAUAAAAUAAUUCUCAUGAAAAAUCUGCAUAGUGGGGGUAAAUGGAAAAAGGUAUAUAUUAGAUGCUCACAGCCUUUACCAAAUUCAAAAGAGACUUACUUUUGGAAACAUCACAGUUCUUUACAGACACAUCGCAUGUUUUCUAUUAAUUUUACAAUAUGUUAUCUAAACUUGUUACUAGUAUAUUCUACCUAUAUGCAGGCAUAGUCAACUGCAGCCUGCUACCACUAGAUUUGAAACCUCCAGGUGAAGAGAGUUUCAACAUAGAAACGGCGUUAAUCUUGUUAGACAAAUGCGAUGAAGCGCACAGAUAUGGAGAGAAUAACAUCGUUUGCCGUUUGAAAGAUUUGCAGAAGCAUCUGCAAGAUAUUAUUUAUGUAAUUGACCAGUAUAUUUCUUUUAAAUGUAGUUGCAAAAAUACAAUGACGUUUAUCGGUCUCCAUUCUAAAGCUAGAAACGGUUUAGCAAAUAGGUUGCCAAAAUUAAGAAAAGAUGUACAAAAAUUGAUGUCGAUGAUAGACAAAUCAAUCGAAAGUAUAAUUAAACAACAUAAUGAUCCGAAAGAAAUGAAUCUGAUCAUGAAGAAGUAUGAUACAUUACAUGAUUUAAUGAGUGUUCUUUAUGAAAAUGAAUUACAAUACCUCAAGUUUGAACCAAAUUUAGAACGUAUAAAUGAUUUUUUGAAAGGAAAAAUGAACAUUAAAUCGAAACGUUUAACUUAUAUAAACGAAGCUAAUGAAUAUUUGGAAGGAAAAAGUGAUACAUUUAUGAGAUUAACUGAGGUGCGGGAUAAUGAAAUCAUAGAAAAAAUCUUUAAACAUAAAUCAUCGAGUCAGGAGGUACAGAAUUUGCUGAGAAAUUCGUUGAAGGAUGUGUUGAAUAAAAAGAAAUUGAGUUUGGUCGAUGUAGAGGAGACUGCGAUAUCAGAUGAACUGAAGAAGGAUCUACGUAGCUUUUAUAAAACUGUAAGGAAUCUGAAGAAUGGCAUCAAAUACUUCAAAAAUAUCAAUAUUAGAGCUCAUCUUAAACAAUCCCAAAUAUAUCAAUUACAUUUGAUAAAAUGCAAGUUGGACCUUCACUUGUUGAAAGGAAUCGCAAAAAACGAUGUUGAAUUGUAAUAUUGAUUUAUUUUUGCCAACAUAAAAUAUUGUAUGGAAAUCAUACAAGAACUCUUCCAUUAAGUUUGAGCUGAUUUCCUCCAUAGAAACUAUGAAGUCCUGACAAUUAACACCAUCAUGUCUAAUAAAUAAAAAUAAUGCUUAUGUUUCGAAGACUAUGAAACAAAUUUGAUGAAAUGCAAGACGGACCUGCAAAGGUUGAGAAUACUGGAAACAGAU